GUUGCCCUAGCAAGAAGGGACUGCUGGGUGAAACUUCCGCUAAGCCCUUCUGUCCAAGCUGUUCUUGUUUUGGCGUUGCUCACCCAGACUUUCUAUACCUACACAAUAUUCCUCUCAAAGUCGAUUUCCCUCCGGUAUAAUUUGUCUAUCGAGGAAGUUUGGAAAGUCUAGAGCCAAGGGCCUUUGCACACUGGGCCGGCAGAGCUUCUUUUCAGCACAGUAUUAGUCCCGGGCCGCGCCUGCGGCCCCGGGCUUGAGGAAGUUGGGCCUGCGAUCACCUUGCACAGUGCUGCAAAUAUGUCGGGCGGCGGCGUCAGCGUGAACCGGGACAGCCUGGUACAGCGCCUGCAGACCCUGAACAUCACGCAGCAGUCAAUUGAGGGCACCGCCAAGUGGUGCCUGUUCUACAUCAAAGAUGCAAAGACCGUGGUCAACAUCUGGCUCGAGGAGUUUGGGCGCGUGACCACUGAGCGGCGUAUAGCCUUCCUGUACCUCGCGAACCACAUCUUGCAGGAGGGCCGCAAGAAGGGGCGUGAGUUCGCGGAUGAGUUUUUCCGCGUGCUGCCCAAGGCCUGCGCGGGGGCGGCGCGCAGCAGCGACGCCAAGCUGCGCAGCAGCGCCCGGCGACUGGUGGACAUUUGGGACGAGCGCAAGGUGUUCGGCUCGGCUCAGGUCAAGGUGCUGAAGCAGCAUCUGGACACGGCCGCCAGCGCAGCCGCCGGUGGCACGCCAGGCAAAACCGGGGCAGGCGCAGCCGCCGCCGCCGCAGGCGGCACCGGCGGCGGAGCCGCAGGCGGCGGCGGCGGGGCGGCGGCUGACGGCGGCGCCGGGCCGGGCACACCGGGUGGCGGUGGCGUGGAGCGGCGUAAGCUUGCGGCGGUGGGCAGCCUGGCUGACGUGUUGUUCGAGGUCGCCAACGCCGCGGCUCGGAGCAGCGAGCUGCAGACCAAGUGCCUGCAGGCCAAGGGGUCCGCCUCCUCGCCCGACGCCGGCCUGGCGGAGUUGUCCGCGGCCCGCGGCACCCUGGCGGCGGCGCUGGACGCACUGCGGCUGGAGGGCGAGCGGCGCAAGAAGGCUGUCACCUACAUACGCAUGCACCUGUCGCAGCAGGAGGACAGCCUGAAGCGCAACGAGGAGGCGGCGGCGGCGCUGGCGGCGCAGAAGGCGGAGCUGGACGCGCGGCACGCAGCCCUGGAGGCGCAGGAGCGCGAGCAGCGUGAGCAGCAGGAGCGGGAAGAGGCGAUGCGGCAACAGAUGCAGCAACAGCAGCAACAGCAGCAACAGCAGGCGGAGCAGCACCAGCAGCAGGUGCAGCAGCACAUGCAGCAGCAGCAGCAGGCAGUGGCGGCGGCGAUGGGUAUGGGGCCGGACGGGUUCAUGGGCAUUCCGGGCAUGGUCUUCCCGCCCUUCCCGCUGCCGGGCAUGCCGGGCGGCCUGGACCCCGCCGCCUUCAACCUGCCGGGCAUGCCGCCCUUCCCCGCCGGGCUACUGGGUCCGCCGCCCAACCUCGCGGCCAUGCUGGGAGGCAUGCCGGGAUUCCCCAUGGGCGCCAUGGGCGGCGGAGGCGGAGGCGGCGGAGGCGGCGUGAUGCAGGGCAUGGGAGGGCCCAUGGGCGGAGGCGGAGGCGACGGCGGCGGCGGCGGUAUGCCGGACCUCGCAGGCGCGCUGUCGUCCCUCGCGGCGGCCGGGUUCGGCGGCGGCGGCGGCGGUCACGACAUGAUGGGCGGGGGCGCCAUGUCCAACGGCGCGGGCGGGUUGCAGCAGCAGCCGUCGGGCCAGAUGGGCGGUGGUGGCGCGGGGCCGGGGCCGGGCUCUGCAGGGCAGGCGCACGGACACGGGCACGGGCAAGGGCAAGGGCAGCAGGCGCCGGGUGGCGCGCCUUCGCAGGGUGAGGACGGCGGCCAGCAGCAGCACCCGCACCCGCAUCACCAGAACCAGCACCCGCAGCACCAGCAGGGGCAGCCGCCACCACAGGGGCAGGGGCAGGGGCAGCCGCCACCACAGGGCCAGCAGCAGGGCCAGCAGCAGGACCAGGGGCCGGGGGGCGGCGGCGGCGGCGGUCUGUCGGGCGGCAUGGAGCAGCUGGCGGCGGCGCUGGCCAGCAACAGCGACCUGGUGGCCAAUGUGCUGUCCAGCAUGAGCCAGGAGGAGCGCGCGCGCCUUGGCUCGGACGUGUUCGGCCAGCAGCAGCAGCAGCAGCAGCAGCACGGCAGCGGCCAGGGCGACGGCGGGGCAGGCGGCGGCGGCUACGGCGGCGGCGGGGGCUAUGGCGGCGGCAUGGGCAUGGGGCUGGGCAUGGGGCUGGGGCUGGGCGGCAGCCCGGGUGCCAUGCAGUUCCUGUCCAGCGGGCCGGGCGGCGGCGGGGACCCCAUGGACGCACCCUACGACCCCGAGUUCCCCGAGUGAGCAAAGCAGGCGUGUUUGUACGGCACGUGUUUGCUCUGUACGGCACGUGUUUGUUCGUACGGCACGUGCUGUGGAGGCGGCUGUUUGCUGAUGGGCGUGCCGAGCCCUGCUCGUGGCGAGUGGGAUCGAGCCAAGAGUGAGGUCGAGUCAGGGGCUGAGGUAUUUGCCUGGCGGAGUCACGGCUAGCACGUGUGCAUGAGGUAUGGUGGUCGACAAACUCUUGCCUGUGUAGUGGCACACGGUAGCGUCCAGGAUGAAGCUGGCUGCAAUCAUUUGGCGGAAUGUACCGGACCGGGACUUGCAACACGGUGGGCGUACAUAGCAGGGCCUCUGGGGGGGGCUGUGUGUGCAAACGCUCGUUGAGGGCGUGGGGCCAGGCGGGGCCUCGCGUGCGCAGCAGGCUACCGCAUAGUCACUGGAUGAUGUGGACGGCACGUGAGGGGCGGAGUAGGGGCGCGGCAUGCGCACGCACAACACACGAGGUGCAACUUGGGGCCGGACAGAGCUAUGACCGAUCCGGUGCGCUGGUCGAUGCGUCUUUAGGUGCCUGGCGCAGGCUGUUUUUGUUCCCUUUGUAACCCCUCUUAUGA